AUGGAAUAUAUAGCCUCAUUGACUGCUGAAAUCCCGGUUUCACCUCAUCGAUUUAUUGAAAUGGUGAUUUGUGAAUCUUUCAAUAUUUACUUAUCAUUCGUUUCUAUAUUCUGGUCAUUCUUAUUUUCACCACAUAUCUAUGGUUAUUUAAUUGGAGCCGGAAUAUAUGACAUAACUGGCCCAAUAACCGAUAUCAAUAUGAUGGGCUAUGGUAAUAUGAAACAAAAUGAUAAUGGACUUCAUUUAAGAUUAUUUAGUCGUGCAUUUAUUAUUCAAGAGAAUUCUAGUUCACAACCAAUUGUCAUUGUUAUAAUAGAUGCUGGUAUGGUAUCACAAGCCGUUAAAAUUAAAGUCAUCGAUAAUUUGAAAAGUCGAUACGAUAAUGGGUUAUUUACACAUCAAAAUGUUUUAAUUAGUGCAACACAUACUCAUUCCGGUCCUGCUGGUUAUUUACAAUAUGUUCUAUAUUCAUUUACGUCUCUUGGAUACGUUCCUGAAACAUUUCAACCAUUAGUUGAAGGAAUUGUUAAGAGUAUUGAUUUAGCUUAUUCUAAUAUGAAAGAAGGAAAAAUAUUAAAAGCUGAAGGAGAUUUACAUAAUGCUAGUAUCAAUCGUAGUCCAGCGGCUUAUUUAAAGAAUCCAGUAGAAGAACAAGCUCGGUAUGAUGAAAAUAUAGAUACAAAUAUGAUUUUAUUAAAAUUUGUUACAAUGAAUAAUACACCAAUCGGAAUGAUCAAUUGGUUUGCUGUACAUCCAGUCAGUAUGAAUUCUACGAAUACUUUAGUUAGCAGUGAUAAUAAAGGAUUAGCAUCAAUUUUAUUUGAACAAAAAAUGAAUCAUAACCAAAUGUUAGGAAAAGGUCCAUUUGUUGCUGCAUUCGCUCAAGCUAAUGAAGGUGAUGUUUCACCAAAUACUGCUGGUCCACGUUGUAUUGACACUGGUUUACCAUGUGAUUUUGUGCAUAGUAGUUGUGGUGGUCGUGCACAAAAUUGUAUUGCAUACGGUCCUGGUUCAGAUAUGUUUGAAAGUACAAAACUAAUUGCAUACAAGCAAUUUGAAAAAGCAUGGUUAUUGUUUAAUAAUGCUACUACUGAGAUAAAUGGACCUAUUAACUUUAUUCAUCAAUUUAUUGACAUGACAAAUAUAAGUUUAAAUUAUAAAAAUUAUUCAGGUCAUACAUGUGAACCAGCCAUGGGUUUUAGUUUUGCUGCUGGUACAACUGAUGGUCCAGGAGAUUUUGAUUUUAUUCAAGGUAUUACACAUGGUAGUUUAUUUUGGCGGAUUGUUCGAAAUUUUAUUAAAACACCAAGUGAAAAAUUGAUUAAGUGUCAAGCUCCAAAACCAGUUCUUCUUGCUACCGGUGAAAUGAAUACUCCUUAUCCUUGGCAACCGUCUAUUGUUGAAACUCAAAUUGUAUCGAUUGGAUCUCUUUUAAUUGUUGCCUUACCUGGUGAAUUUACCACAAUGUCUGGAAGACGUAUUCGUGAAGCAGUGAUUGAAGCUGCUAAUAAUGCUUCUAAACAGAAUGAUCCAAGUUCAACUACACAAUAUGAAGUAAUUCUUUCUGGUCUGUCAAAUGUUUACUCAAGUUAUAUUGCAACUCCUGAAGAAUAUCAACUUCAACGAUAUGAAGGUGCAUCUACUAUUUAUGGUCCACUUACACUUCCUGCUUAUGUUAAUCAAUUCAGUUUUUUAGCAGAAGCAUUAGUUAAACGACAAAAAGUUUCUCCCGGAACAGUUGCUCCAUAUUUUUUCAAUGAAGAAUUCAGUUUUGUGCCGAAAAUUUUAUUUGAUACAGCACCAUUAGGAAAACCAUUUGGUGCUGUAAUUAAACAACCAAAUUCAACUUACUAUAAUAAAAAUGAUAUUGUUGAAGUACAUUUUGUCACUGCUUCACCACGUAUUAAUGUACUUUUAAAUGGAACAUAUCUUACUAUUGAAUUAUAUAACAAAACAUUAAAUAAAUGGAAUAUUCUGUAUACAGAUGCUAAUUGGGAAACAAAAUUUAUUUGGAGUCGAGAUGGAUUUUUAACAUGGUUACUUGGUCGAAGUUAUGCUAUUAUAGAAUGGACAAUUAGUUCGAUUGAUGGUAUAUGUAUUCCUGGUAUUUAUAGAAUAAAACAGUAUGGUACAUCUAAAAAUAUAUUUGGUGAAAAAAAACAGUUUUCUGGUAUAACAAAUAAUUUCACAGUAUUAUGCUAA